AGUGAAUCUGGCCAAAGGCUUCUCGGCUCUGGGGGAGUUUUUCAUGCUGGAGCCCGUCGCUCUCGCCUCAUUCUUGUAUUUCUCAGCGCUGGUCCUCUCUUUGAGCCAGCAGAUGACCAGCGAUCGGAUCAACCUGUACGCAGCCUAUAACUCUACAUUAUGGCCACCAGGGUCGGAGCACCAGAUCCUCCACCCGUGGGUGACCGUCAACCUGGUGGUGGCUCUGCUGGUGGGGCUGGCCUGGAUCUUCAUCGCCACCCGACCGGAGCUGGACAGAACUAAAGAGUACCUGGAAACCAUGGAGAUCGAGCCUCCAAAGACAGAGGACAAAUCAGAAAUGUCCGCCUGAGCAAAUCUGCUCUCACACACACUGUACAGCUUUGUUGUCAUUUUCCACAUAUUUUUUUCCACUGUAUUUUUGCAGUGAACUCUGAAUGUGUUAGAGAUUAUUUUUUCUAUUUUGGAAAUGUAAAUGUGCGUGUGUAUUUUUAGAUAUUUAUCCAAUAAAUCCAACAAUGCUUUUUUA